AAUUAGUUUAAUUUUGUUUGGCAUGGUGUGUGAUCGCGGUGCCAACCGUGAUUUGCCUGUCAGUUGAUUCGUUCCUCGCUGGUUCCUACACCCACCAACAUCCCCAUCCUACAAUCUUAACCCAUUCCUCUCCAUCUCAGUAAGGUAUCACACACACACACACACUCUCUCUCUCUCUCUCUCUCUCUCUCUCUCUCUCUCUCUCUCUCAGAGUAACAGCAGAAACAGCAGCUAAUCCCUUUCCUCCAUUAAAGUCACAUCCCCAAACUCUAAUCGAAAGCAACAGCAACACUUGAGAUCAUACACACACACAUUACAUCUGAGUGAAGUGAAGACCCACCACCAAAAUUAAAAUGCACGCAAAAACUGACUCCGAGGUCACAAGCCUCGCCCCUUCCUCCCCUACCCGCUCCCCCCGCCGCCCCGUCUACUACGUCCAGAGCCCCUCCCGUGACUCCCACGACGGCGAGAAGACCGCCACCUCCUUCCAGUCCACCCCCGUCCUCAGCCCCGCCGGCUCCCCUCCCCACUCCCACUCCUCCCUCGGCCGCCACUCCCGCGACUCCUCCUCCACCCGCUUCUCCGGCUCCCUCAAACCCGGAUCCAAGAAGAUCCAGCCCAGCAACGACUCCUCCUCCCGCCGCAAGGGCCACCACCACCACAAGGCCUGGAAGGACUGCGCCGUCAUCGAAGAAGAAGGCCUCCUCGACGACGACGAUCGCGAACGCGGCUUCCCCCGCCGAUGCUAUUUCCCCGCCUUCGUUCUCGGUUUCUUCCUCCUCUUCUCCAUGUUCUCUCUCAUUCUCUACGGCGCCAGUAAGCCCAUGAAGCCCAAGAUCACCAUGAAGAGUGUUAAAUUUGAACAAUUCAAGAUCCAAGCGGGCUCAGACUCCACCGGAGUAGGCACCGACAUGAUCUCCGUCAACUCAACCGUGAAAUUCACAUUCCGUAACACCGGCACAUUCUUCGGAGUCCACGUCUCGCCGAAUCCUCUGGAUCUAUCCUACUCCCAAAUCACCAUUGCUUCCGGAAUCAUCAAGAAGUUCUAUCAAUCAAGGAGGAGCCAUAGAACGGUGACGGUGUCAGUAAUCGGUGACAAAAUUCCGUUAUACGGGAGUGGAGCUAGUAUCAGUAGCUCAACGGGGACGACAUUGCUGCCGGUGCCGCUGAAAUUGAACUUCUUGAUCAAAUCGAGAGCCUACGUUUUGGGGAAACUGGUGAAGCCAAAGUUCAACCGGCGCGUCGAGUGCACUGUAACUUUCGAUCCCAAAAAGCUCAACGUUGCGAUCGCGCUCAAGAAUUGCACCGUUUUUUAAUCAAUUAAGUCACGAAUGAAGAAGAAGGGGAGGAAGAAAUGGUUUCUAUUUUAUUCGUUGUUGGUUUUCCUUUUCGGUGGUGGGCAACUCAGCGGGCAGAUUUCCGAGUUGGACGGGCAGGCUGCUGAGAGUGAGAGAAAAACGCGGUUUUGGACUUUUGAGCUGCCCUGACUGACCGAAAAGUGUAGAGUCAGUGACUCGUGGGUAUGGUGUUACAUUAUUCACCUUCUUUUUGGUUUAUUUAUUCUUUUUUUUUUGAGUUGUAUUAUUAAGAAAUUAUUAAGUUAUUCGCAAUAAUGCAACUUCUUUUUUUUUUUUUUGGUAUAGGGGGUUAAUGUUCUUAUGAAUCAAAGUUCACAUUUGUAUAAGAGAAAUAGCAAAGCAAAUGCACAUUGUUUAUGUUC